CUAUAUUCUACGCUAGUUUAGUGUUUCGACUUUAUACUUGAGUACUGAAUCUUAAUGGUUUCUUGUUGUACCUGAAACACUUAAACAAAUGUCAAACUAUUAUAUUGUUUGUUAACAUCAAAACAUGAGACUUAGCAAACCAAGGCUAACAAAAUAUGUCGCUUCUUACAUCUUGCGGUGCUGCGCCCUAGAUAGGACCCCAAGUCUGGACAAAUUUCUCACCCUUUUUAGCAUCGGUGGAGCUUUCCCUUUCUACAGUGUGUUUCCUCAUCCCAAGCUCCCAGUUUUUGAGAAGGUUGAGGCCAAAAUUGACAGAUGGGCCCGUCGCUACUUUAUCAUCGAGUUCCUGGUUCAUAGCCCUAUAGAUUUGCCGGGGAUAUUACGUCACAGUUCACUCUCCCGGACUCCGUUCCCAGCCGCACCCGAAGCGGAGGGAGUGCACAACGCCCCUGAGAGAGGAGGGGGACUGAUUUCACAUCAUUCCCUUCAGGACCCCAAAUUGUACAAGAAGGCAGAUUUCUACUAUCCUCUGUGCCCCGACCCUAUCCCGUUUGAAGGGACAUCUUCCCCCGGGAGGUCAAAGGCUUCUCCCUCUGUAGAAUCGCAUCCAGUUGAAGAUACCUCUAGGAUCCAGGUUCAAGGUGGCGAUACUGCCUUGGUAAUCUGCACACCCUCUGCCGCCCUGGAUGUUGGUCCCAUUUCUGCCAUUUCCAUGGCUGAGGAAGCCCACGCUGUCCCAAAAACGGCCUCGGGAAGGGGGAUGGAGAAAGAGGUUGGGGGACAGAAGGAACCGAAAGGAGCAGCGUUCCGCUGCAGCGCCCUCGACCUUCAAUCUCCCCAUCCGGUGCAGAUUCACACCGGAAACUUUUCCUGUCUUCUAGGAGGGUUGGACAGAUUUUCUCGUGGUCUGAACUCCCUGAAGGCCUCCCACUCCACCAUUCAGGUCAAUCUGGAGAAGAUGAGGGGAUUAAUGCAGGAUCCCAUAAUUGCACAGGCAUGCCUUGACCCGCUUGCCCUUGAUGUCAUACACUCCAUGGAGCAGGCCCAACAAUCACUCCUCACUCUGUCUGAGGAGUACCUAGGUGGAGCAUGGGGUAAUUAUCGGGCCAUGGUGGUCCUAAAGAACAAGGAGUACUAGGACUCUCGUGCCGUGCCGAGGCCCUCUACGAAGAGGGGAAAUUUGACAUGCAGCUCUGCAUUUACGAGGCGAUUCGGAGUGGUCUCCCGGCUCACCGGUCCUUAGAUGAUUUCAUCACAUACUACGGCUUGCCUCUUCCCCUUCCUCCCCCAGACUCUCGUGCCAAUCCGGGGUCUUGAUUUUCUUCCUCCCCAACAGUCGUUGUAUUUUUACUUUGUAACAUUUGAAUUGCAUCAGCUUGAUAAUGCUUGUAGCAUUUUGUCCUUUGUCAAUAUCCCGCUUUUACUUACAUCCCAGU